AUGGAUAAAAGUUGGAUGAUAGUGGGUAAGACACCUGAUGGCAAAUUAAGUCAUCUAUAUAUUGAAGGGGUCAAUACAUUUAUUAAUUUUGCAAGAGCGGUUGUGGACUUAAGUGAUAAUAUUUUGUGCCCAUGUAUUCACUCUGUGAAUUGCUAUCGACAAUCUCUUCAUAUUGUGCGUAUCCAUUUGCUUCAUCGUGGGAUUAUGCAAUUUUACAUUAAUCGAUAUAAUCAUGGAGAACCUCGUGUAUUGAACGAAAACUUUCAUGAUAAUGAAAUUUUGGAUGGUGAUCACAUGGAUAGUAUCAAUGCCUUCGUAGGUGACCGAAAUAGAGAGGAACCAAGAAAUGCAACUGAAGAUGAGGAAGUGCUUAAUUUUGACAAACUUGAGGAAGAUGCAAAGCGUGAGUUGUAUCUAGAUUGCACUGAUUAUAGUAUCUUAAAGUUUAUUAUUGAGAUGUUAAAUGUAAAGGUAAUGACUAACUUGAGUAAUAAGAGACUUGAUAUAAUGCUAGAAUUACUGACAAAAGCUUUAACGAAAGGUAACUUGGUUCCAAAGUCAACAUAUGAAGCAAAUAAGAUAUUACGUGACUUGCGCAUGUCAUACAAGCAUAUAGAUGCAUGCAAAAAUGAUUGUGCACUAUUUUGGAAGGAAAAUGAAAACCUUGAUAAAUGUCCAGUGUGUGAAGCAUUUAGGUACAAGGAUAUACGUGCCCAAGGUAAGAAGACUCCUCAAAAGGUAUUGCGUUACUUCUCAUUGACACCAAGACUGAGGAGAUUGUAUAUCUCAGGCCAAAAGGCUAAAGACAUGAGAUGGUAUAUAGACAAACAUGUGGAUGAUGGGAUAAUGAGACAUCCGGCUGAUAAUGAGGAGUAG